AUGCCCAUACAAGAUCCUAACAAUGCCAUAGUCAAAAUGUCCGCCGAAGAAGCCCAUAUCGAACCCCUUUCCGACAACGAGGAGCAGACCUCUUCCUCCACCAUCCCCACCAACGUCGCUUCCCGCACGGAGUCCAAGGCCCGCAAGGCCCUCUCCAAGCUCGGCCUCGUCCAGGUUCCCGGAAUCACCCGAGUCACCUUCCGCCGCCCCAAGAACGUCCUCUUCGUCAUCUCCUCCCCCGCCGUCUACAAGUCCCCCAACUCCAACUGCUACAUCGUCUUCGGUGAGGCCAAGGUUGAGGACUUGAACGCUCAGGCUCAGUUCGCUUCUGCUGCCCAGCAGUUGCAGGCUGAGGCCGCUGCCCAGGAGGCUGUUAAGGCUUCUCAGGGUGAGGAGGCUAUUGAGGAGAAGAAGGAGGAGGCUCAGCCUGAGGAGGAGGAGGGUGAGGUUGACGCUUCUGGCAUUGAGGAGAAGGACAUUGAGCUCGUCAUGCAGCAGGCUAACGUCUCCCGCGGCAAGGCCGUUAAGGCCUUGAGGGAGAACAGUAUGGAUAUCGUCAACUCCAUUCUCUCUUGCUCCGAGUAA